AUGCGUUCUACACUUAUAGGCUCGGCGGCGGCCCUUGCCGGGCUCGUCCGCAUGGUGACAGCGGCUACGACAUCAGCCGCAUACACCGAUCCCAAGACUGGCAUUGACUUCCAACAAUACUCUGCCAACGGUGGCCAGUUUACCUUCGGUAUUGCUCUUCCCGAGACGAUCGAGUCAGACUUUAUCGGACAGCUUGUGGUGCCAAUCAGCAAGACAGGAGGAUGGGGAGCUGUUUCGCUAGCCGGGAGCAUGUUAAACCACCUCCUGCUCGUUGCUUGGGCCAACGGAGAGGAGGUCGUCAGCACUUUCCGAACCGCCAGUGCAUAUGCCAAUCCAGCUGUCUACGACGCCACCGAGGUCAGCGCACUGCCGAUCGCCAACGGAACAUUCGUCAACAGCACCCAUUUCUCUUUCACUUUCCUCUGCGAGGGAUGUAUCGUGGGUGGUACAACAUCGUUCAAGGCGACAGACGAGACACCUGUGCUCGGAUGGGCACUUUCUUCUUCAGACCCUACAACUCCCUCCGACCCCACCAGCGACCUGCCUUACCACGAUGCCGGAUUUGGACUGUACGGAGUCCCAGCUGCUGAUGCUCAGUCAGCCAAAUUCGAGACUUGGGCUUCGUGGGCCUCCGCGGCUGCCACACCUACGCCAGGAGCCGGCAGCAACUCAACCACACCAGUGGCUGGCAACGCCACUGCCGCUGCUCCCACCACCUCCAACGUGACCUACGACGUGAUUGUCGUUGGUGGUGGCCCUGCUGGUAUCAUCGCUGCUGAGCGUAUUGCCGAGUCUGGUUCAAGCGUCCUCCUGAUCGAGCGUGGUCCAGCUAACACCGUCGCACUCGGGUCCGAAGAGGGUCUGGAAUGGAACAACACCCUGACUCCAUAUGAUAUCCCCGCCCUUGGAAGCAGCCUGUCUGCCAUUCCCGGCACCAAGGUGUGCAGUGACACCGCCUCGAUGGCUGGUUGUCUUCUGGGAGGAUCUAGCUCCAUCAACGGAGAGAACUUCAUCCGCCCUCCUGCGCACGACUUUGAGAACUGGCCCGCGGGAUGGUCCUCGAGCGAUGUGAGCAAGGCCGCUGACCGCCUGUACUCCCGCAACCCCGGUACCACUCAGCCCUCUGCUGACGGAAAGCACUACGACGACAUGGCCUACUCAGUUGUGUCUUCCUACCUGGACGCGCAAGGCUGGACCAACGUUGACUCCAUCGAGACACCCAACGAGAAGCACAUGGUCUACUCUCGACCCGCUUGGUCCAUCACCAACAACCUCCGUGCCGGCCCUGCCAGGACCUACAUGCCCUUCGCUGAGGACCUCGACAACUUCACCCUCAAGCUCGGCACUAAGGUCAUCCAAGUUAAGCGCACUGGCAGCAGCGUCACUGGUGUCCUUGCCGAGCUCGAGGAUGGCAGCCAGCAGAUCAUCAACCUGAAGGAAGGUGGCAAGGUCGUCCUCGCCGCCGGCGCCCUGUCCACUCCUAGAGUCCUCUGGAACUCUGGCAUCGGCAGGUCUGAUGCCCUGAAGAUUGUCCAGGGUGGUACGACUGGCGUCAAGCUGCCUGACGAGGCCGACUGGAUCGACCUUCCUGUUGGCCACGGCCUCAAGGAUCACGCCCAGGCUCCUCUGCAGUUCAAGACCUCCGCCAACUACACCGCCUACAAGUACGACAGCAUUGCGACCGACCCCGUCGAGUCCGACGUGGCGCUCUAUAAGCAAGGUUCCGGUGUCCUUACCCAGGCCGCGCAGAGGAUGCACCUGUGGACAUCCGUCAACGGCACUGAUGGCCGCGAGCGUUACCUGCAGGGAACUGUCAGCUCCAUGAAGGACGGCACGGUCACCAUCAAGGCCUUCCUAACCCACGGCACCACCUCCACCGGCGAGCUCGGAAUCACUGCCGGCGGCAACACCGUCCUGAACGUGAAGCCAUGGCUGGUGGACGAGGCGGACAGGGCUGCUUUCUCCGACUUCAUCCAGUGGUGGAUGGACGUCACCACCAAGAGCAACGGCUCCAUCGCCUCCACCAUGGCUCUCGACGCGAGCUCCACCCCUGACUCCAUCCUCGCCGACAGCCUGAUCUCGGGUGACCACUGGGUCGGCACCACCAAGAUGGGCACCGAUGACGGGCGGAGCAACGGAACCAGCGUCGUCGACACCGACACCAGGGUCUACGGCACCGACAACCUCUUCGUCGUCGAUGCCUCGAUCCACCCCGACCUGCCCACUGGAAACACACAGGCCAUCAUCAUGGUUGUUGCUGAGCACGCGGCCGAGAAGAUUGCCGCCUUCGAUGUCGCCACCGGCAGCUCUCCGGACACGGGUGCCGACGAUGCUGCCCCCUGCAAGAGGAGGAAGAGGGACAGCAUGGGCCGCGUUAUCCGCCGCCGUUACUAG